CUUUCUUUCUCUCUCUCUCUCUUUAAUGGCCCCACAAACGCAGUAUUCCCUCCAUCUCUCUAAACUGUAAAGUCAACUCUUCUUUUAUCUUUUUGUCUCGUCAUGGUUAACUGAGGGAUUGAGUGGUUAACAGUUCCUUGCCUUAUGAUGGGACUACUGAUUCAGGUUGCCAGUGAAGAAGGAUCAGAGAACAAAGGCCAAUCCACUGGGACUGCUGUGAUAAACAUUGCAGAAUUUGUUUCAGCAGCCACUGAUAAAGAGCUUCAGACUGAUUUACCUCUAGGCUCUAACACCUCCUACUGCCACUCAAGGGAGUAAUACUGUACUAGUCUUUUGCUUCAUGUAAGUUCUUCUGAAUUGAGCUUGCUUUCCAGUUUCCACCAGGACUCCAGGAAUGAUCCUUAUGUUUCUGUGCGAAAAAUAUCAUUUUACUGCAAUGCAGGUAUUUCUUGUGUUGACAGAGUUGAGAAUACUACUAAGGCCUCCAUCACAAGAAGCUCAAAGAUCAAUGGUGCCUCUUGAAAGGACACUCUCUUGCCUGCCAUCCUCACCGAUGAGCUUUCUGGUCUGAGAGCCCGCCUCGGAAAUGUCAGGCUCUUGCAAGGCGGCGGCAAGAAGAUUAGAAGAAGCUUUCCUUUUGGUGAAGAGACCGCCAUUGCUGAUGCAGCAGCAGCAGCAGCAAAUAACAUCUACUCCGAUGGAGGAGAGUCCUUCUGGAGGCGGAGUCACCAACAUCAUUAGCUCUCCCUGUCGUUGCUUAGAACACACAAGCUCAAAGAGCUCUGCUAGUUUUAAUCGCCCUUGGUUCUUUGGAUUCUUUUUCCUUCUUCUUAUGUGGUUGAGAUGAUGAAUAAAUUGGCAACGGCAUUAUCAAUAUGGAAUGAUUGGAUGCAUCCAAAGGAGGAGCUUGGAUACUUUGUAAUUAACUUCAACUGCAAGCAACUGAGUGCUGUUCAAAAAAUAUCACAAGACCUGUUGCUGAUCCUAGUAACCAAUCUACUAAGUUUGAUCUCAUUGAAAAACUCUUUACCUUCAACGUACUCUUCGAAGAUGAACUCGGGGUAAAUUCGAGCAGCUUUUUUUUCGGUUCAUGAAGGCACAACUCCGAGUUUUUCCUGUUCUGUUCAUUUUCGUCAUAUGUGUGCGUAUAGCUUGUCGUUUGGACAUUUUCACGGAACCUCUAUGGAAAUAGUCAUGAAUUUCCUGACGUGACUUCAACAUGUGAUGAGUGACGAAUGACGAUUUCUCUCUCAACCACCUAUGUAUUUUCGCGGUGGAUCGGAGUUGGUACGAAGGUUGGAUACAAGUAGAAGGACUGUUUUGCAAAGUUGCCAAAAGUUAUGCAGUAAAAGAAAUAAGAGACGUUAGGGAUUUAGCGUUAGUCGUUAGGUAUGUUAUUGACCCAUUUUCCCCCCUUUUUCUCUUUCAUUAUCCAAAGCUUCUUUUUCAUUUAGAAGUCCCAUUCAUGGCCGCUCUCUGCCUGUCUUUUCUCUGAAUCUCACGCGUUCGAUUGCAAAAUAAAAAAGAACAGCAAUUGCCAUUUUCUUCCUCUCCCUCCAAUUCUGUGAAGACCAACACUAGACGCGGAGCAUCUUCAGAAACCGUCUCCACGGCAGAUCAACAUACAGAUCUAGAAGAAAGGUUACAGAAGAAUCAUCAAUUUUUCAGGGAAAAAAAUCUUCACAUUCGGUGACCGGAGAAGGGAUUUCUCGCGACGAUCCGGGAGUGAGCUUAGUACGAUUCUUUGGAGACGAGGAGAAAAAAUAGGAAAGUUAUCCGGAUCUGGAUAACCUUUGGAUCUGGAUCUGGAAGAUCGCUGGCAGGGGUUAGCGCAGAUUCCGCAGAGUAAUUUCCGCCGAUCGAUCUUCCAAAUCUGUAGGAGAUUGAGGGGUUUUUGGAUGGUUCAAGUUUGAGGGCUUCCUCCAAUUCGUUCCCCGUGUCCAAAUUUGAAAGGGUUGUUAGAGAAUCGUCAUAUCUUAUCUCUGCUCUGCAAAGGAUCCACGUCGUUACCCAGGUUGACUUUCUUCUUCCUUUCUUUCUCUGUGAGGGAAAAGAUCAAAAUUUCGGGGCAGGGAGAGGAGAACAGAUGGUGGUGAAGAUGAUGAGGUGGCCGACCUGGCCGUCGAGGAAGCUUGAGGCGAGAAUCGUGGUACAGAGGCUGGAAGGGCUGAAGAAAGAUGAUGAUCAAGUGGAGGAGAAAAAGGAGAGGAGGUUGGUGGUUGAGGUGAAGUGGAAAGGUGAAAAGGGGAUUGCUUUGAGACCGUUGAGGAGGAAGAGAGCUGUGAAGAGGAAUUUGACUCAGGAAUGUGUGGGGUUUUGCGCUGAUGGUGGUGAUGAUGAUGAUGGGGUUGGGGUUGGUUGUUUCCAAUGGAAUGAGGAUUUCACAAAUGUUUGCAGCUUUUCAGGUCAAAGAGAGGGCCUGUUUCUCCCCUGGGAGGUUGCUCUUACUGUUUUCAGUGUUACCAGCGAAGAAGGAUUAGAGAACAAAUUCCAGGCCACUGGGACUGCUGUGAUUAACCUUGCAGAAUUUGUUUCAACAACCACUGACACAGAGCUUCAAAUUCAUUUACCUCUAACACCUCCUACUGCCUCUCCUCCUCAAGGGACUAGUAGUCUUUUGCUUCAUAUAACUCUUGGGUUGACAGAGCUCAGAACGAUCGGGCCUCCAUUACAACAAGAUCAAAGAACAAUGGUGCCUCUUGAAAGGACACUCUCUUGUAUGUCAUCCUCAGGACACACUGAAGAGCUUACUGGUCUGAGAGCCCGGCUCAGAAAUGUCAGGCUCUUGCAAAGUGGUGGCAAGAAGAAGCAUUCCUUUGGUGAAGAGACCACCGAUAGUGAUGCGGCAGCAGCAAAUAACAUAUACUCUGAAGGAGGAGAGUCCUUCCGGAAUGAUGAAGCAGCUGCUGCUGGUUUAGAAUUGGAGGCAAUGGCUGAUGACGGUUCUCAGCCAUCACUGAACUAUGCAGUAGCAUUGGCCUACACUAAUUUUGCUCAAGGGUCAGCUCUGACGAACAUUAUGAGUGGUGGUGAAGGUGAGGAAUGGUCGGAGUGGAUAUAUUUCAACAACAGAAAGCUAGAUGAUGGAGGUGGUUCCUUCCAAUCUGAGCAAUCACCAGCUGAAUUUAUCUUCCAAGAACAUCCUUUGAAGGAGAGGCUGAAGUCUAGACUCUUCUUGCCUUGGAGGAAAAGGAAACUCGGGUUUGGAUCUUCCAAGGUCAGAGUUAAAGGAGAACCUCUUCUGAAGAAGCAUUAUGGGGAAGAAGGUGGAGAUGACAUUGAUUUCGAUCGCAGACAGUUGAGCUCCUCAUCAUCUGACGAAUCUAACUUCGGGGGGAGAAAAUCAGAAGAAUGUUCCACCACAAGCAGAUCAUCCUUCUCUGAAUUUGGAGAUAACGGCUGUUUCUCUGUAGGCAGCUGGGAAACAAAAGAAGUAGUGAGUCGAGAUGGUAAAAUGAAGCUCCAAACACAGGUCUUCUUUGCAUCAAUUGAUCAAAGGCAUGAGCGGGCUGCAGGAGAGAGUGCUUGCACAGCCCUGGUUGCCAUCAUUGCUAACUGGUUGCAGUCCAACCAAUAUGAAGAAGCCCCGAUCAAGUCGGUGUUUGAUGACCUGAUCAGGGAUGGAUCACUGCAAUGGAGAAACCUUUGUGAGAAUGAAGAGUACAGACAACGGUUUCCUGACAAACACUUUGAUCUAGAGACUGUCCUUCGGGCUAAUAUAUGUCCGCUCACUGUAGUACCAGAGAAGUCCUUCAUAGGGUUUUUCCAUCCAGAAGAGAUUGAGGAGGGAGCAGCAGAGAAUUUCAACUUCCUUCACGGCGCCAUGUCCUUUGACAGCAUCUGGGAGGAAAUCAGCCGUAACAACAGCUCACCUGCUUCUGGUGAGCUUUUCGUCUACAUUGUGAGCUGGAAUGACCAUUUCUUCAUCCUAAAGGUGGACCAAGAUGCAUAUUACAUCAUAGACACUCUUGGGGAACGCCUUUUUGAAGGAUGCAAUCAGGCAUAUAUCUUGAAGUUUGACAAGGACACGACAAUCGAGCUUCUUCCAAAACCGGCUGAAUCUUCAUCAGAUGAAAAUUCCACCACCAAGGACAAGGCACAAGCAACAAACAGCAGCAACUCGCACGGAGAGAAAAGUGCAGAAGCUCAAUUGACCAUUGCAGCUAACUUAAGUGACACAGAUAAUUCUGAGACGGAAGAGAAAAUUUUGUGGCGAGGAAAGGAGGCCUGCAAGGAGUAUAUUAAGAGCUUCCUUGCAGCCAUUCCGAUCAGGGAGUUGCAGGCAGAUCUCAAGAAAGGGUUGAUGGCGUCUACCCCUCUCCAUCACCGCCUUCAGGUCGAGUUCCACUACACUCAACUCACAACUAACACAGGCGGCUGCAGUUGAAAUUCUCGCGACUGUUAGCACGAAGGAUAGCGAGCUUCCAGCAUAUCAUUAGCACUGGCUGUCGCUGUUGCUUAGAACAUAACUCGGUCGAUCCUCUGCUGAGCUUAAAGAUCUCUGCUAGUUUUAAUAACCUCUUUUGUUUUUUUGUUUUUGCUUUUUUUGGUGUGUGAUAAAUCAGAAAUGGUUCAUCAAAGUUGGGUGAUUGAAUGUAUCUGAGGGAGGAGCUUGGAUACUUUGUAAUUAAAUUCAACCACGAACAACUGAGUGCAGUUCAAAAGCAUCAUAAGAUUUGUUACUGAUCCGAAUACCAACCUAAUGUUCAGAAAUUUCAUGUGCAGUAAUCCAUUGAUCACAGUUAGACUCUAUCUUUCACCUGUGAUUUUGAUUGAGUGUGAUUUGUAGUUCUUAUGGUUAUUUUUCUUCGCUCUAUUCUUAAUUUCUUAUGACGAAACACGAUCGUGAAUUCCAUUUGCACGAUCGUAAACUCUGUUUUUAUGUCGUGAGCAUGUUACACAAUCAUGACAUAUUAGGACUAGUCGUAACUUUCCAAAACCGAUUCCAGACAAAUCAAUUAUCAGCCUUCACAUCGACAACAAGUAGGUCAAAAACUCGUCAUAGGAGGGCUCGAGACUGGUCGAAACCCCGUCUCGAGCUCCCCGGCGACUGGUUUUGAAAAUUGGGCCAAAA